UUUUAGCACAAUUUGUACAUAUACCAAAAUAAAAUGGAAACUAGGAUGAGAAAGAAACCAACAAUCAAGCACAAGAUUGUUCUCCUUGGAGAUAUAGCAGUAGGGAAGACAUCAAUUUUCCAGAGAUUCAUUGAGAAAGAUAUGUCCAAGGACCACAACCCUACAAUCGGGUGCUGCUACAAUUUCAUUAAUAUUGAAGAAAAAGACUACACCAAACGUAUAGAAUUAUGGGAUACUGCAGGGCAGGAAAGAUUCCACUCAUUAGCAGCUUUGUACUACAAAAAUGCCCAAGCAGCAUUAGUUGUGUAUGACGUGACUAAUAAAAACUCUCUCACGCAAGCUCAAAGAUGGAUAGACGAGCUCAACGAAAAGGCAAAUCCAAACAUAUUAAUUGUAUUGGCAGGAAACAAGGUUGAUUUGCAAGAUGAAAGAGUCAUUACUGAAGAACAAGGCAUCAAUUUUGCAGAAGAGUACGGAUGAAUCUUCAAAGAAGUCUCUGCACUUAAAAAUACCAAUAUUAAAGAACUUUUUGACCAAAUAGUAGAAAAACUUCCGACAAAAGAAGCACUUGAUAAACUAAGAGGUAGCGGAGGAGAAGGAGAUCCAACAAAUGGCUCAACUAGCUUGCGCCAAGGGAAAUCUGAAGAGGAAGAAGAGGGAUGAGUUGGAUCUUGUGUUAUAUAAGUAAAUCA